AUGUUACCUCUCCUUCAAAUGUCCCCUCACGCGGUGACGCCGCCGCAGUCGAAUCUCGAUACCCUCUCAACGUUCCCAAAUAGCGACGACGCCACUUUCAACGACCAUCACCCUCGCAAUGUCCCAGCGCCGUAUCAGCAGUCAUUCGCGAUUCGCACCUCUCGACCUCACCGGCACACUAUCCCGUACGGCUCAGCUCUUUAUCCACCACGCCAAGAGCAUCAUUUACGACGAAAGACACCAAACGGUACUGUCGAUGCCGGAUAUGACGGCUCGCCGUCGUUGUUUUCCCAUGGUCCCCCGCCUUCGAAACAUUUAGUUCUACCUCGAUCAGCGACGGCUACGGCAUUUCCCCUGGCAGGCCCUCCAAUACGCCAAUCUCAUUACAAUGGGAGCAUCGACUACCGCCGUCCAUCUUCGGUCGGCAAUACUGGUCUCAGCGAUGACCUACAAGCCCGUCCCGGGUCUUCCACUUGGGCUUAUGGGAGCGAUGCGGCAUUGCCUCGUAGUGCACUUCCCACUAAUCAUUAUGGCCUUCAUCAAGCCGAAGGCCAAUACAUUCCUCCAGGCCAGCCCGAAGCGCCGGGGGUAUUCCCUAAUCUUUACCAACCAAUAAUACGAGCUCACGAGUACAAUGUCAGGGCAUUUUGCCCACCCCCUAUAGUCAUGAACGAAUCGCUGCCUUUUGGUCAGCCAGGCAUGCAUACGCCAUGGAACUAUCAUGGCCGACCUGGCCUGGCGUCAGCAAGGCACGUUCAGCCGCAGGACUUGCGCUCUUUCCAGCAGCAUUGCGGUUCUGAUUUCGCACGUCGUCGUUCUUCCUUUGCUUCAGGUUUUGACUCGGAAACUCAGCAUCAUCCUGGAUUCAAUUCGGGCAUGCACACGCAAUCAUAUCUUCGGCCACCUCAUAUGAGCAGCCAGCAAGGUUUCAGAGAGAAAGUAUUGUUACAGGCGCAUAGGGUCUACGUCGAUCUGCUGGCAUACGCACAAACUAUCCGGAAACCGCAGGCUUCCAAAGGAGCACACAGCACCUCCCCGAGGCUUCUUGUUUACCCUAAACCUCCGAAACCUUCCUUGAGAAUAUCUGAGGCCGCACUUGGACAAGAUCCUACAUCAUUCAACAUCUCCUCUGAGAAUGAUUCGUACCAAGACUUCCAGUCAAGGGGACAUGUGUUACCCUACUUCCAGGGACCGUAUAACAGUUAUUCUUCCACGGGUAAUUCAACACUUUUUGCAGCAGCAAAGUCUAUUUUAGAUAUGCUCAGCAGUCUUUGCGAACAGAGUACCUGGAGCUGGAUCGAUGGGAUAAUGCUAGGCGGGUGUUUACACUAUGGUCUAGAUCAAUAUCAAGAGGCGUUGGAAUGGUUCUCGAGAAUUACCGCCCUUGACUCGAGUCAUGUCGAGGCAAUUACGAAUAAAGCCGCCACUCUUUACUGUCUCGGCCGCCAAGACGAGGCCGAGAAACACUGGAUCAGAGCUGUGGAAGUGCAGCCCAGUUACUUAGAAGCUGUUGAACAUCUUGUUGGACUUCUUUACAAAAAGCGCAGCAAAGAGGCCGUCGAGAUCAUCGACCACGUUCAACGCGCUCUAAGGGUAUUGCCGGCGCAGAAUCAGCAAGCCGGAUCUCACGACCAACUAGUGAAACCUCCUGGCUUUGCAUCCAGUGGCUAUGCUAUUCAUGGGAAAGAGAAUGGGCGUGUCCUGGCUCUCAUACAUGCAAAGGGAACCAUGCUAUACAGUCUUAAAGAUGUGAACAGAGCAUCAGAGGCUUUUGAAGAGGCCGUAUUGAUCAGCGUAGGCCGCCAAAUGACUAGUAUACAGGAUCUUGUUCGUCGAAUCCAGACUGCCUUAUCUCCAACAGAAACUCCAGUCUGGCAUAGGAACGCUAGGCACGGUACUCGGCCCUUAUUACUCCCUCCUGAAAGGGCUCGUCAUACUGCACAGCUCGUCUUCGGCGGCACUGGCUCUCUGCCGGGUUUGCAGCAUGUAGCUGAAGGCUCAACCAAGCGAGCUGCUGUACAGACCACGAGCAAUUCCCUGUUAUCGUUGGCGAAGAUAUUCCAAGAUUGUUUGUCAAGUGGGCAAGGAACCCCGAACAUUCUACGACGCCCUUCUGGGGUUGAAGAUAUCCUGGCCCUUUACUAUCUAUCACUUUCACUUCAGGAAAGCCCUUCCACGGCUAACAAUGUCGGCAUCCUCCUCGCCGGUGUUCAACAGAUAGCAUCAAAUCCCCCCACUCCGAAUGUUGAUGUGCCUGCCCAUUCGAGCAUUCCAGGCAUAGUACCAGGCAGCGGUCUGGCUUUGGCUUUGGCGUACUAUCACUAUGGCCUACGCCUGGAUCCCAAGCAUGUCCAUUUACACACCAACUUGGGAAGUCUGCUCAAAGACAUUGGACAAUUGGAUCUUGCGAUACAAAUGUAUGAACAGGCUGUGGCGUGCGAUGGGACUUUUGAUAUCGCCUUGACAAACCUUGCCAAUGCUGUUAAGGACAGGGGACGCAUCAACGAUGCAAUAACGUAUUACAAACGCGCUGUGAGCUCCAACCCCGAAUUCGCGGAAGCCGUGUGUGGUCUAUCUACAGCUCUCAACUCUGUUUGUGACUGGAGAGGUCGCGGCGGUGUUAUUUUGAAAUCCGGCAAAUAUGAUCGAUGGCACGUUGAUGACAAAGGUCUGCUCAUUGAUGCCCGUUCUUUCGGUCUUGAUAGCGGCCUUGUCAAGCGUGUCGUACGGAUUAUCAAUCGCCAGUUGAGUGACGCAUCACAUUGGGGUCAGGGGGUUCUCGAUGAGAAGAAAAUCGCCUCGUUUACGCGGCAGAUUAAGGACCUAGGCCUAGUCACGUCGUUCGACCCUGAGCAAGCUCUUAGGGGAUGGAGCAACAAACCAUGGGAGGGCUCACGCGUGAUACGUUUGAUAGAGCGUGCAGCUCGUGCAACGCAAUGGAAAUGGUAUCAGGAUCAGCACGUCUCUAGCAGCCAAACACAUACCCAGUACACUCGUCUUCGAUUACCCAGCGGACUCAGCGUUCCUUCAGCACCAACUGUCCUACCCUUUCACACCUUCACAUGCCCCCUAUCAGCAAAGGACAUUCGAGUCAUUUCUCAGCGCAAUGGUAUUCGAAUAUCUUGUUCAACACUACGUUUGCCAUGGCUCCCUUCCACAGUCUAUCCCCCACCACCUCCCCCUAAACCACACCUUAACAUAGGAUAUGUAUCGUCGGACUUCAACAACCACCCCUUGGCUCACCUGAUGCAAUCAGUGUUUGGAUUCCACAAUCCAAGUCGGGCACGCGCCAUUUGCUAUGCUACAACCGCAAGCGACCGAUCUGUCCACCGACAGCAGAUCGAAAGAGAGGCUCCUGUUUUUCGUGACGUCAGUAGUUGGCCCGCAGAUAAACUGGUAGAACAAAUUAUCAAGGACGAGAUCCAUAUCCUUGUCAACCUCAACGGCUAUACAAGAGGGGCACGCAACGAAAUUUUUGCUGCACGACCUGCCCCGGUCCAGAUGUCCUUCAUGGGCUUUGCCGGUACCCUGGGUGCUGAGUGGUGCGAUUACAUCCUGGCUGAUAGCACAGCCAUUCCGCCCGAGACCCUACGGCCCUGGCGUGGAAACUUCAACAUCGCUGAUGUUUUCAAGGAUGAUACGGAGGGCGAGGAGGAAGAUUGGAUGUACUCGGAAAAUAUCAUCUAUUGCCGGGAUACUUUCUUCUGUUGCGACCAUGCUCAGUCAUGCGAUGCGAGUGAACGAUCGGUCACUUGGGAACAAGAGCAGAGGCGUCGCUGGAAGAUGCGAAAGGAGCUCUUUCCUACUUUGAGUAAUGACACUAUCAUCAUGGGCAAUUUCAACCAGUUAUACAAGAUCGAGCCUACGACCUUUAGAACAUGGCUUAGAAUUCUGGCACAGGUGCCAAAGGCAGUGAUAUGGCUACUUCGAUUUCCGGAGCUCGGGGAAGCCAAUCUGCGGCGAACUGCUAGGGCCUGGGCUGGUGAAGAAGUGGCCAGUCGUCUGAUCUUCACAGACGUAGCGCCAAAGAGUCAGCAUAUCUCGAGGGCUCGUGUGUGUGACCUGUUUCUCGACACCCCUGAGUGCAAUGCCCAUACAACAGCAGCAGAUGUUCUCUGGUCGAGCACACCCUUACUCACGCUUCCUCGAUACCCAUACAAGAUGUGCUCUCGUAUGGCCGCAUCAAUCUUGAAGGGCGCUCUGCCUAAAUCAACAGAAGGCCGAGAGGCUGCAGCAGAAUUGAUCGCCACGAGUGAAGAAGAGUACGAGCAACGCGCUGUUGAACUCGCCACCGGCCUCAGCUACACCAUGUCCGGGGACGGCUAUGGUCAGGGUGAUGGCCGCUUGGCAAAUCUACGCAAGUUGUUGUGGGAUAGCAAAUGGCACUGCGGGCUCUUCAACACGAAGCGUUGGGUGAAUGAUGUCGAAACAGCAUAUGAGCAAGCGUGGCAACGAUGGGUUGCUGGCGAAGGGGGCGAUAUUUAUUUAUGA